AUGGUGCGCGUAAAAAGGGAACAAACUGUGAUCACUUCAAAAAUGGAAGGUAUGGCCCCCAAAAUGGAACAAGUGAAGAUGUGCAAACAACUGGAAGUUCUACCACCAAAAGAGCACUCCACUGAAGAUGUAGUAAAGCAUGAGCACGUAUUGACAUUAUCCACAUCCCCAAUGGACAUUUCAGCAUGCGUGACUGAAGAGACGCCUGAAGCCUUUUCUAAUGAAAUCUUACCUGUUGAAGAUGUUGAUAUAAGUGAUGGCAACAAUCCAAUGCUGUGCAGUGAAUAUGUUAAAGAUGUCUACAAAUAUUUACAUGAACUUGAGACCAAGCAGGCAGUGAGACCAAACUACUUGAUGGGGCAAGCAAUAACUGGAAGCAUGCGUGCUAUCCUAAUUGACUGGCUUGUGCAGGUUCAGAUAAAAUUCAGGUUACUUCAAGAAACUAUGUACUUGACUGUGUCUAUCUUGGACAGAUUUCUUCAGGAUAACCCAGUAACCAAGAAGAAUCUACAACUUGUUGGUAUAACAGCAAUGCUUGUCGCUUCCAAGUAUGAAGAGAUUUAUCCUCCGGAAAUUGGGGACUUUGUCAUCAUCACUGAUGAAGCUUACACUAGUGCUCAAAUACGGCAAAUGGAGAGGUUGAUUUUAAAGAAACUUGACUUUUCUUUGGGCAAACCACUUCCACUACACUUUCUCAGAAGAGCAUCAAAAGUUGCAGAAGUUAGCACUGAACAACAUGCUCUUGCCAAAUACCUCAUGGAGUUGACAAUGGGGGAUUAUGAAAUGGUGCAUUAUCCUCCAUCUCUGAUUGCUUCAUCUGCCUUCCACCUUGCUCAGAAACUCUUCAAUUGUGGUGAAUGGACUCCCCUCUUGCAGUACUACCUAGCCUAUGAAGAAGAUGAACUACUCCCUGUUAUGCAACACAUGGCUAAGAAUGUUGUGCAGGUCAAUAACCACCUCACAAAGCACGUGACUGUUAAGAACAAGUAUGCUAGAAACAGCCAAAUGAGGAUCAGCACCAUCUUGCAGCUGUCAUCUGUCUUUAUUUUCAAUUUGUCAAAACCACUAACGUCCUCCUAA